AUGUCAUCGAGGCUCCCACUCUGGCUCGAUUGUGACACCGGGCACGAUGAUGCAUAUGCUCUCCUCCUCUGCGCUCACGAUCCGCGCGUCGAACUCCUAGGCGUCAGCACCGUCCAUGGCAACGCUGCGCUCGAUCAGACCACCUUCAACACACGCGCGAUUCUGGAGGCAUUGGGCAGACGUGAUGUGAAGGUCUAUUCAGGCGCUGCGAAGCCAAUCGUGCGCGACGCAGUGCACGCUGCCGACAUCCACGGCGAAAGUGGCCUGGACGGCGUGACCCUGCUGCCGCAGCCUGUCGAGCCGGCUGUCACCGACGUGGACUACCUCGAAGCCAUGUACAAAGCGCUCAUUGCGACUCCGCCCAACACUGCAUGGCUUGUAUCUACCGGCACCUUGACAAACAUUGGGCUGCUGUUUCAGAAGUACACCGAUCUGGCAGGUCACAUCAAAGGCCUGAGCAUCAUGGGUGGUGCUGUCGGGAACAAAUUCACAGAUGCCCCGAUGGGCAAGAUCAAGGGCGAGGGAGAGCGCUUUGGCAAUUGGACAGCCUAUGCUGAGUUCAACAUCUAUUGUGAUCCUGAAGCAUCUCACUUCAUCUUCUCGCACCCAGUUCUCCAGUCGAAGACGACCUUGAUCCCGCUGGAUCUCAGCCACAAAGUACUCGGCACGCAGUCCGUUCGUCGUACGUUGUUGUACGGAUCGAAAGUCGGCCUUGAUGUAGACACGACACGGGUCCCAUCUGCUCUGCGAGCCCUGUUCGCCCAGAUCAUGUCAUUCUUCGCAGGAACCUACGCAGAAGUAUUCUCCAUUACCGAGGGUCCUCCACUACACGAUCCCCUGGCAGUCGCAGCAGCGAUCUAUCCUCAAAUCUUUGACGACAGGAAUGGCGAACGAUUCCGGGUCGACAUCGUCACCAAAGGCGUUCACUCGCUAAUCCAGUCUGAAGUCGGGGAGCUUGGAAGGACAAAGGUCUCAGAGCUCCAGGCCGGCGAGGGCGGGUGCAGGAUCCCGCGAGGUGUCGAUCUCGACAAGUUCUGGGGGCUCACAGAAGAUGCCUUGAAGCGCGCAGACGCUGUCAGUCCGAUGCCGCAGGUCUCGCGGGAAGAUUUAGAAAAAGACGGCGUCUUUGUGGGAAUAGACUAA